AUGGCCAGCCGGGGUGGGGGCCGGGGUUGUGGCCGGGGCCAGUUGACCUUCAACGUGGAGGCUGUGGGCAUUGGGAAGGGGGAUGCUUUGCCCCCACCCACCCUGCAGCCUUCUCCACUCUUCCCUCCCUUGGAGUUCCGCCCAGUGCCUCUGCCCUCUGGAGAGGAAGGGGAAUAUGUCCUGGCCCUGAAGCAGGAGCUUCGAGGGGCCAUGCGGCAGCUCCCCUACUUCAUCCGGCCUGCUGUCCCCAAGAGAGAUGUGGAGCGUUACUCAGACAAAUAUCAGAUGUCAGGGCCGAUUGACAAUGCCAUCGAUUGGAACCCUGAUUGGCGACGUCUGCCCCGGGAGCUAAAGAUCCGUGUGCGGAAGCUACAGAAGGAACGGACCACCAUUAUACUCCCCAAGAGACCCCUUAAGACCACAGAAGAUAAGGAGGAAACAAUACAGAAACUAGAGACUCUGGAGAAGAAGGAGGAAGAAGUGACUUCAGAGGAAGAUGAGGAGAAAGAAGAAGAAGAAGAGAAGGAAGAGGAAGAAGAAGAGGAGUAUGAUGAAGAAGAACAUGAAGAGGAAACUGAUUACAUCAUGUCAUAUUUUGACAAUGGGGAGGACUUUGGGGGUGACAGUGAUGACAAUAUGGAUGAGGCUAUAUACUGA